AGACAGUUUCGUCAUUUUCCUUCACACAUCCCCAAACAAAUAUGUGUUUUUCACACCGUCAGUCGAGUUGCGAUUUAAUUAAAUAAGUGCUAGGAAGUUACACGGGAUAGUCACCGGUACGUAAGUGUAGCGGAUGCCGGGUGAUAUAAACCGAGUGUACCUUGAAUUUGCCGCGAAACCAUCCUGGCCUUUUAGUUCAGUCUGCUGUUUUAUUGCUUCGCGUCAUUGCGCACUAUCACUAGAUUCAAAUUGGAGCCAACUGAGCAAGUACUGAGAAACUGAUGAGGACUUGCUAAUGGAAAUGGAUGAUAAUGGCCUACAGGCCUCUUGCUGUGAUACAAGAUGGUCGGAGCAACUGUCAGGCCUUCCUCACAAGCUCCUGCACCGCCUGAUGCCUUUCCAAAGGGAGGGAGUGGAGUUUGCUUUAUCGAGGAGCGGACGGUGAGUGGUGACACCCCCGGCAACAGUCCAGUCAUUUUAAAAUGAAAUUUACAUCUUGCAAAUCAAUAAUAGCUACUAAAGAUAGUCGUCAAUGAAUGUAGACCUACAGAGAACAGAGGAGUACCGCUCUGUUUUCGACAUUACACUCCACCUCUGCAAGUAUUGAUUUGAUUUCUGUGAAGAUGUUUUCAAGUCAGAUGUGUUGUGUAAGCAUAUGGGAGGAGACUAGCUGCACCUUAAAGGGGACAGUGGUCGACAGUAGUAGAUCAAACAUGCUAGUUCUCUUGGAUUUUAAUGCACUGAAUCUACACCGAUUAGCUGAUUUUCUUUUUCUUCGUUAUAAUCAUAAACUGUACACUAUGUCUAGUGCCUGGUCAGUUCAUGUGAUAUUCUUUCAGCUUUCUUCAUUAUGUAACAAUUUCAAAAUUCAUAAAAUGUUCUUUUUAGAAAAGACUCACUGUUACAAAGGACAGCACAGUUACUCCUCCUCAGUGCACAAAAAUAAACUGUAAUGUGUUUAUUUAGUGCCCAGCCUGCUAGGCCAGGUCAAUUUAUUGUGUCUAGGUGGAUUGCUGCAACACAGAUAAGCAUCAAUUUCAUUAGUUAUCCAGAAUAUUUUGACAUGUAGAUGUGCUUUUUUUCAUCCCUUGGCUAAAGAUCUGUCUUUGGACGCCUCCACAGCCAGACAUAUUUUAUCAAUUAACUCUGUUGAGCACCAGCAGAGGAAGUGUAAAGCGUAUAUGCAUGAGUUCUAUGACUCACACGACUAUUUUCAACUGCAUGUUGCGAAAGAAAAUGAAAAAUGUUGCUUGUGGGAUAUUUUUAUAUGCUUCAAACUGAACAAAGAAAAACAUGUACUGAGGUAUCGGUAGAGCAGGUCAUCUAUCUUUCUAUCUCUAUCUCAUUGGAAGGUUCAUGGUUUGAACUCUGGCUGCUACAGUCUGCAUGUCACAGUAUCGUUGGGCAAGACACUGAACCGCUAGUUGCUCCUCGGUGUUGGAAUAAAAGCACUUAGGAAUGUGUGAAUGUGAGUGAAUGGGUGUUACCAAACCAGUCCAUUACCAAGUAGUUCCAAUCCAAGCCUGGUUUCAUCAAACUUAGAUGAAAGGGUUGGCCACCUGGAAAUUAGGAUCUACUCCCAUUUGGUCCAUUUUUACCUAAACUGAGAUGUCAAAAUGUUAUUCCUGUUUUGUUUUUGUUUGUUUUUUUUACUUUUCGCUGCUUGUCAUACUUCAAACUUCUGGGCUUUAAGCUGCAUCCACACUUGAAAUGAUUCAGAGUGAGCUGCCGACCUGAGGCUACGGGAUGUAAAUAUCAUUCUGCAGCUAAGGGCAAAAUAACUGCUGAUAAUGUGAAGGGAGCAAUUUCCUGGCAAGCAAGUGAAACGGCUACCAAUGAGGAAUCCUAUUGAAUGACAUAUGACCUGGUAUUAAGUACUUUAGAGUGUUUACUUUGGCAAAUAAAGACAGCUAUGGUCAGUCUUGAGAUUACUGGUAAUUUACAUGAUUCUACGUUGGCUUUCGAAGCAUCACACGUUAUUGAACUUGAACAUUUUUACCUUCUUAACAGUGGAUUUACAUGAACUUUGGGAUUUAUUUUGAAUGCAAACUAAGUAAAUAAAUGUAAAAAAUAAGGUUGAUGCAGUGGAAGGCACAGGGCCGUCCGGUCGAGCACUAAGCCAAGACUUGGGGGCGUUUUUGACAGUGAAGGUGUCUCUUAAGAAACCUGCACAUGAAGGUCCCAACAUGGUAGCCCGUAGAUGCUAUGCAGAGCUUUACUGACCACGUGUUGUAGCUAUGGGGCAAUGUGAAAAAUACAUGGAAUAAACUGUGAUGCGGGGUACUUGUGUUUGUAUUGGUUUUGUUGUUGGAUCCUAAAACUUGUCCCCUUGACCACCUAGAAGACAGAAGUCAUACAAAGACUUUCCUUACAUUAGUCCUAAAACAUGUAGUCAUGGCCAGGGCAAUGGCGUGCAAGGCUGACUUUUACUUUCUCUAGAUAAACCAUGCUGACCGCUGUUAUCAUGGCCCAGUCUGAACUACACAGUGAUUGAAUCUGUGCUUUUAGUGUGGGGCAAAAGAGCACCUCAGUAAAGGAGAGAAGUGGGGUGGAUUUACAACAACGCACAAAACAAGAAAACACAUCAUUACUAAAGAAAUAAAGAAUAAUAAUUGUUUUUAAUCUCAAUUUCAUUUUGUUUUAUUCAUUACUCGAAUCCAAACUGGUGAUGGAAAAUAAAAUUUGAUUUAUUGCUCAGACCUCAGCAGUGGGAUUAUAAGAACAACAAUAACAACAAUGUACAGCGUGUGCAGUUAUACCUGUGCACUUCCCCAAGGCCGAGGCAGCAGUUAAGAAAUGGUGUGUUUUACUGCUUAUGAGUUCAACUUAUCAUUUGUAAAAAGGCACAAACAGAAGUUUUAUUUGGCCUCUUUUAAGAGACCUUGUAGAGUUUCUGGGCAUGUGUAGGGCUGCGGAGUAAUCUUUUUAAGAGUGUGAAAUCGGUGAGUUUUUGUCAAUAUGUGAUGUGCAUGCACACACAGGAAGAAAAUGUGGCACUCCUGUGAUGGUAUGGCUUAUGUAUAUGCAAGAUCUGGCUUUAAGGAUAGUCAGUGGUCUUGGCGUUAAAUGUGAAUAAGCUUCCCCUGAAUAUCCAUAAGUCCUGCAAGGUAAUGCUAAUCGAGUGCAUAAAGUUGAUUAUCUUUUGCACAACAUUCAGUCUGUGAUGCUGUGCUGGAAGAUAAGCUCCUAGCACUUCAAAGGUUCUGUUUGUCAUUGGUGCUUUGAUUUUUCACUUCCUGAUGAUGAUGAUGAUGGCGAUGAUGAUGAUGGGGAUGUUCAUUUGAGCAUACAGAGAAGCUCUGCAGUAUAACACAUCUUCCACUAUAGCAUCAGUGUGUGAUUUAGUCAAAUAGGAUGGUAUCUUUGCACCGAUAAUUUCCCUAAUGGAGUUUUAAAGUAGACGGUUCAGCUCCACUUUAGUGCAGUGAGAACGGAGAUUUCUUACCACGCUACAAAAUGUAAAAAGUAUGUCAAGAAGAAUAUAUUCUAAAUCCAGAUGUUCAGAAGACUGUAAGACUGUAGCUAUGAAAAUGGGUAUCCACAAAAAGCUUCUGAGUUGCCCCCAACUGUUUGUAUGCAUGGAGCAUUAACUGUAGGAACCGACCGGGACUUGCCCGUUUCCUCCUCCCUGACCAGUCGAUAUACAUGUGGGUUCUCGGGAAGGUCAGCGCAGGAGGAGCCAAUCUGAGGGGCUCUGCUUUGAUGCAGCGCGGCCAUAUUGAUUCAGGAACACUGGGAGGCAGUGCUUUGUUACACGAUGGGUCAGGAGUCAAUUGGCUCUCACUGCACCGUGCGGACAGCUACCUCAGUCAGUGUGGCGGGAAGAGCAGCGCAGGCACCGUUUCUCUCUGGAGACUAGCACAAAUGGUAUUAGCAGAAGAGACUACAGGUAGCGGGAGGUUGUAAUUUUUUUGUGAUUAAGAUCAUUUUCAUUACUUAACACAUAUAACAGGCAUGUCAGGUUUGGUGUGGUGGUAAUAAAUAUUAAACAAAAAUAUGAAUAUAAAAUUGGCAAAUCUGCUUUUGAGUCUUUGAGUAAUCUUUUUAAACAAUAAAAUUGGAACUCCAUUUAGAUUCUGUUUGUGUCUACACUUUUUUCACAUGAAUGUAAUGCAUGCCAAGAAAGGAGACAUUAACACUUUUUAAAAUUAAAUAUUAAGAUAUACUGAAAAAAACUCUGUAUUUGAUUGGCAUAAUUAUUUGUAUCAUAUUUCCACACUAAACUCAGAUAAGAAAAUAUCAACUGCUGUAUAUAGAAAAUCCUAACUUGAAACAGAUUGGAGCUGAUGUAGGAUAAACUCUCCAUAUCUGGUAAAUAUUAGGACAGAGCUGCAGGUAUUUGCCAAAGUCUAAUACCAUCAGUUGAUUAUUAAAAGCUUGGCUUCCAGCAAUAGUUUGGUUUUUGGGUUUUUUUAACAGGGUUUUUUAACAGAUGUAUUCCAAGCCAGUCAGCACGCCACACCGUUUUGGAUUUUUUUGAGGAAUGAAAGUAAUAGCCACAGAUUUAACAGACGCAGCUGUUGAGCUUUAUUCACAUAAAGUUAACAUGAUUUUUUUUUUGUUGUUAUGUGUAUUUAAAGUUAAAAGCAGAAAUAAUCAACCAGAAAAUGUGCCUGAGCCUUGAUGUUCAGUUACUUUAGGUAGUAAGCUACGCUACGUGGACAAAACUGUUCGAACACACUACAUUUGUAUAAAAUCAUGCAUCCAGCCACACAGUCUGCCUUUACGUACAGUUUUGAAAGCAUGCAUUGCAUGUGUAAUGUACCAGUACCUUUGUCUAUUUAGUGUAGUUAGCUGGUUCCUACUGUGUUUUUUAGUUGUUAGUUUUUUUUGGCUAGCUAAUGAAGCUAAGCUAAAGCUUAUAAAGCUGAUCUAAAACUGUGUUUGUUUGACUGUUUGGCUUCCAUGAAUGGACCUUUAUUUUGGAGAUUCUCCAUCACUGCAUGACACUGGGUCUAACUAUUAGUGUUUUUCUUUUUUAAAACGCUAAUGAAAAUGCCUAUUAUGCUUUUUUAUGAUGGCUAGCUAGCUGAAUGCUUGUUUGUUGUUGUUUUUUUUUAAAUUUCUUUUUAAGUGCAGAUUAUUGCUUUUAGAUAUUGAGUACAUGGAGAAAUGCAAAUUUUAAUGGGCUUGGUCCAUCUUGUUACGGUUCUCAGUUACGGACAUGCUAUAUUUGCAACAGUAGACAUCAAAAGAGGCUAAGAGGUUAAAAUCUUACUUUGAGAGCAUAGACAGAGACCACAAGCUAAAAUGCAAUUGCUAUUGGCAGAAACCUUGAUCAUUCUCUCCUUAUUAGAGCCACCCUGCUGUUCUUCAUUUCUUCAUUCAGUUUCCUUGGAAAGAGACUGAAAUGAAUACUAAUAUUCAACUGAAUAUCACAGUGAAAAAGGCGGAAAUAAUAUUUCUACCUACUAACAUGAAUAGACCAGAAUGCAAUAAUGCAGCAGCUGACUUGCUAGAUCUUUAGGAAGGGGUAUAACAGUUCUGGUAAAUGUAGGAAAUCACUACCUGAAAUGCAACUAGACAAGGCAGGCUGACAGACGAAGAAUAAAUGGCAACCCUUCAUUAUAAAAUACCUCCUGAAAUGCACUGAACAUCAUAGAUUGAUGUUGGAUGUCUAACAGCGUAGGAGGAUACGUGGGCGGAUUUUUCCUUUAAAUCUCAUAGUCAUUGUCUCUUUUCACAUCCAGAGCAUCAAGAGUACCGAAGCAAAACAUCAAAUGUUGUUGCAAUUCAAAUACUUAUGGAGUCGGCUGUAUCGGCCUGUGUAGGAGGAUGUAUGAUUGCCGAUGAGAUGGGUCUCGGGAAGACCGUGCAGGCCAUCGCAGUGGCGUACACCUUCAGGCAGGAGUGGCCCCUCCUGGUGGUGGUGCCCUCGUCCCUCAAGUACCCCUGGAUCGAAGAGCUGGAGAGGUGGAUCCCCGAGCUGCAGCCUGGAGACAUCAAUUUGGUGGAGAACAAGAGCCACACCAUUGGCAUUGGUAGCAGUAAAGUGACCGUCCUGGGCUAUGGCCUACUCACCACAGAUGCACGCCCCCUGGUGGAGGCACUCAGCGGGCAAAGGUUUGCCGUGGUGGUGGUGGACGAGUCGCAUUAUCUCAAAUCCAGGAACGCAGCGCGGACGAAGAUUCUCGUUCCUCUCAUUCAGAGCGCCAAGCGCGCCAUCCUGCUCACCGGUACCCCUGCUCUGGGUCGACCUGAGGAGCUAUUCAUGCAAAUUGACGCCCUUUAUCCCAAGAGGUUCGGAACCUGGACUGACUAUGCCAAAAAAUACUGCAAUGCCCAUUACAGGUAUUUUGGGCCUCGCAGGCAGUGGGACUGUCGCGGGGCGUCCAACUUGGAUGAGCUGCACCAGCGGCUGAGUCAGAUCAUGAUCCGUCGUCUCAAAGCUGAUGUGCUCAGUCAGCUGCCCCCCAAAAUCCGCCAACGUAUCCCCUUUGACCUGCCCAAGGAAGCUGCAAAGGAGGCCUCGGCUAGCUUCGCCGAGUGGGAGAGGCUGAUGAAGAGCCUGGGGUCGGGGGCUGCUACGACGGACACCCCCUUCACUCAAGUCAUGGGCCUGGUCACGCAGAUGUACAAGCAAACAGCCAUCGCCAAGGCGGGAGCUGUGAAGGACUACAUUAAGAUGAUGCUGGAGGCAGAGCAGCUGAAGUUCCUGGUGUUCGCCCACCACCUCACCAUGCUGCAGGCCUGCACCGAGGCCGUCAUCGAGGCCAAGGCUGGUUAUAUCCGAAUCGAUGGCAGCGUACCGUCAUCAGAGCGAAUCCAGUUGGUCCACAGAUUCCAGAGUGACCCAGAAACCCGAGUGGCCAUCCUCAGCAUCCAGGCAGCUGGACAGGGUUUGACCUUCACCGCUGCCAGCCACGUGGUGUUUGCCGAGCUCUACUGGAACCCCGGUCACGUCAAGCAGGCUGAAGAUCGUGCCCACCGCAUUGGGCAGACGUCCUCCGUCAACGUGCAUUAUCUCAUUGCCAAGGGCACCUUCGACACCGUCAUGUGGUCCAUGCUCAACAGGAAGGAAAAGGUGACUGGCAGCACUCUAAAUGGAAGAAAGGAAUAUCUGAAGGCCGACGAGGGCGACAAGGACAAAUGGGAGUUCCUCAACUUUGCCAACGCGUGGACGCCAAGUGAGAUGGUGCUGCCGCUGGAGGGAAGCACAGGAAAUGCCAAAACCGACGUCUUCUUUACUCAUUUUGAGAAAGAAAAGCAGCACGACAUCCGUUCCUUCUUCUCCCCGCAAGCUGGCAAGACGAAGAGGAAGAGAACAGAAGAUGAAGAAAGUCCCUCCAUCUCCUCAGAGACGGCUGCCACGCCAGCUGGCAUCCGGGUAUACUUAGAAAACAGCGAGGAGGGGAACGAGGAGUCAUGCUCCCAAACCUCCAAAACGCCCGAUCGGGAUUUCUCGCCCCAGCUGAAAAGGCUGCGAACACCGCAGCCCAACCGGAGCCCCACGUCUCGAUUUGGGGGGAAGCGGAGGUCGUCUGCGGGGGGGAUCAGCGCAGGCAGACCUGCCAGCGCGGUCUCCCUAACGUCUCAGCCGUCUGAGCCUGAUCCUGCAUCCGUGUGGAAUUGCGGGGCCUGCACCUACUCCAACAGCAGCCUGUUGCCGUACUGCGAGAUGUGUGAGUGCCCGCGCUCUACCUCUGCUGUCAGCUCAGAGCCACCCAGGCCUCAGCUACCCCCUGCAACCCAGAGGGACCAGGCUUGUGUCGUUCUCUCCAGCUCCGACAGUGAGCCAGAGCUCAGCUGGGGAAAAGCCCGGCCUCAGAAAUCACGCAAAGGCAAACAGAGCAAAGAGGGGGAGAUGGAGGAGAAGGAGGCUGAGCCUCCCAAAGACAAACAGAGAGUGGGAGAAGCAGAGGAAGAGGACAAGCGGUGGCUCAAAGGCAAACAAUCAGUGGGAGAGAGAGGCGACGUCGACGCUAGCGGUGGUGGCUGCCUCCCCCCUGACCGCACACAGGACUGCGGAGCUCUGCCGUGUUUGUCUUCUGCGGCUGAUGCUAAUGAUGAUGAUGGGGGCAAUGGUGGCGAGGACGCCAACAACGCCCAUCCCUUCUACCCAGGCCUGCAGUUCUGCGCCAGCCGGUACACAGACCGAAUAUAUCUUUACUCCAAGGACGGAGCUUCGCUGAACUUGAGUUUCAUCCCAUUGGACAUCAAACUAACCAACUGGGAUGACCUGCCCGAGGCCUUCAGCCGGCGCAGGGAAAAUCGAAUACAGGUGCUGAGGUUUGUUAUGGAGUGGAGCGGCCUGCCAGCCAUGAAGCAGAAACUGCUUCGACGCAGCGGUCUUCUCUUCCACAGCCCUACCCUGGGCUUGCAGCAGCUGUCCGCCGCCCAGCGCCCUCACUCCAGCACCAAGAGGUACCUCGGUCGUGACGAUGUGGCCGAGGCGUCUCUGAGCAAAGCCCAGGAGGAGGGAGGCAGCGUCCGACUGGUCACAAAGGAGAACUUCUUCACAAAGAGGAGGUCUGCCUCUUCGCUAACACCACCUGCUACACAGAGCAGGCAGGACAAUCAGUCCUGUAGGACAUCAGAUGCACAAUCAUCAACAGAGUCCAGCUACCUGCAGGCUGUGGACAGUCAGGGUGUCCCUCUGUGUCUCUCCUGCCAGCAGCCCUGCUCUACCACAGGUGGAGCGUGGGACACUCGAUUCUGCAGCCACAGGUGUCAGGAGGAGUUCCAGUUGCGCUCCAGCCAGACUUACAUGCGGUCUCAGGUGUUGGAGGCAGAGCGCGGCAUCUGUCAGCACUGCGGCCUCCACGCCCAUGACCUGUUCAUUAAGGUUCGUGAUGCUCCACCCUCCCAGCGAAAGGAGAUCCUGGAGAACACUUGGCUCACCCAGCUGCCACUCAAACAGCUGAACGAGAUGAUCCGAGCUCCUGUUGAAGGGGAUUUCUGGCAGGUUGACCACAUCCGUCCGGUCUACAGCGGAGGAGGCCAGUGCUCUCUGGACAACCUGCAGACACUCUGCACUGUCUGCCACAAAGCCAGAACAGCUCAGCAAGCCAAAGAACGAAGCCAGAGCAGGAAGAGUGCUGCAGCUUCCAAGGUUUCGUCAGACAUCAGCAGGUUCUUCGUUCGGAAAGAAAACAAUUAGCUGGGACCUGUUACGCUUUCACUUAUUGUCAGUUAGGGAUAGAGCGAUCCAAUACUUGGAUCAGAUAGCCUGACACCAAAAGCUAGAUCAGACAUCCGUGACAGGGCUUAGCUAUGCUCUUCAGGUCUAUCAUGUUUUGUGUUUACUACCCCACGCAUCGGCAGCAAUCUGCUAACUUCCAGCAGUCAGCUAACAGCAAAGCAACAGUAGUUCAAAGUGUUUCGCUACAGCAACACCAGUUUGUCUUAAUAUGCGUACAAGUGAGUUGGCACGACUGAAGAGCUUCAGCGACAGCAGUUCGGUCUGUUUCUCUUUCUCUGUCAUUAUGUUUGGUUUAACACUUGUUUGGAAGCUUUUGCGUCACUCAUGGUAACUUAAAGGAAAUUAAAGGAGAAACUGUGACUAUUAAUUACAGCACUGUGCUGUAAUUAAUCCUACACAAGGCUGAAAUAACGCUAAUGCAAAUAAAUGUUUUUUUAAAGCAUAAAUACAUUUGUCUUUUUAUACUUUUCUAAUGAAUAGGUCGAUAAUCUUCUGUCUCACUCCUCAGAGUGAGAAAUACACAUUAUUGAUUUAACACUGGACCUGGUAGCAGCAGAUACCUGAGGCCAAGGUAUCAGUGUGGUAUUAGAAGUGGAAAAAGUUAGACUGGUGUAUCCCCAGUUACAGUCCUGGAUGCUCAUAUUAGACAUUACCAAAGUGGUUAGAAAAUGUGCAAAGUUCCAAAAGUUCAGGCUUCAGAUAAACAGCCACUUUUUAGAUGUUUUCUUUCUGCUCUUUUCUUUGAGAGUUGAUAUACGUGGUGUUAUCUCAGCUACACGACUAUGGUCACAGAAACUCAACCCACCUGUUCAAGAGGGGCAGCCAAUCAGAAGAUAGUCAGCUUAAAGGGAAAGAGAAGACAGUAUAAAUAAUGCACGUACAAUCCUUGACCCCUGUGUUUGCAUGAACACUUCUGGUCUUAUAGAACUUCAUCAGACAACAACCAGCAGUUAUAACCUCGCCAAACACUUUGCUCAGUCACUCGACCUUUUGCUAUUUGCUUAGUAACUCAUUUUUAGGUCGUAUUGAACAGAAGAUUAGGUCCAUUUUAUAAAUUUUAAUGGAUAUAUGAGUCAGAAAGGAGGAGCUAAAUAGCUAGUCAUAGGCAGGCUUAGCUUGGGACAUCACGACCAAAUAAGUAAUGUCCAUCUUUUAUACUGUAUAUGGAGAGAAGUUAUCUAAAACGGCUUGUUUCAGGCAGCAGAUGAGCCGAUGGGCAAAACCAGUGGGAAGGAUAAAUAUAGAUUAUUUUGAACUGUGCAAAGCCACUAGACCCUAACUGCAAGACAAAAAAACAAACGAGAGAAACAGAAGAGGAAAAGCAAAAUAGGUCCCCUUUAAAGGUUUGGUGCAGUUUGCACAUGUAAAGGUGUUUAUUCAGUUUACAUAAAGACGCACUGUGUGAAGUAUCAGAAGUCCCAUUUGCCGUGACAGAUGAGGACACAAGGCCUUUAAAGAUUCUGCCUAGCUUUCAGAUGCUCUCAUCUGCGUCCCACUGGACCCCAUUACGUUGGAAGAUCUAGUAGUGGAGAUUUACCUUAAAGAAAAGUGCAGUGACGUCUGCAUCAAAUGCAAAUUCAGCCAACUCCCCUCUCGUCCCCGAACCGUCACAAGUGCGGUAGUUUUGAUUUAUGACGCCCCCUUCCCUUUUUUUUUUUUUUUUGCUCGAGGCUGAAAUGGAGCAGGUUGUUUAGAGAGAUGCUGCUAUUUUAAGAUUUUGCAAAGUUGGUGAAAAGUAGCAGCUCAGAGAUGAAUUGCGAGCUUUGUGAUUAAAACUCUACGGCAGCAAACACACCCAGGUGUCCUCAUUGGUGCGAUCAACAAGUGUCGCCUUGUAAAUCUUUUUUUUUUCUUUAUGAAAGAUGGAUGAGCACUCUCUGAUGGAAUGAGAAACCUCUUUUCACCUUGUUUCGUUUCUUCUUCUCCCGCUCUGGCGCUGUAACCGGUUUGGACUGUAAAUACAGCGAGCCGUCGGCCGUUCCGACAAGCUCGCAAAUCGUUUCAUCGCCUCAAGUCAGGAACAUUAUCGUCCAUGUCCACGCAUCUACCUCCUCUUCAGCUGUGCUUGAUGAUCUGAGCAGAGCUAAAGUCAGUCAGGAGGGCUAUGUUUAGAGACAGAGAGCAGAGUUACUAUGGAAACAAGGCUUUAGGUUCAGCCAUGUUGGGAAUAUUGAAUCUGUUCUUGUGAGAGUUAUACAAUGAGCUAGACAGACAUCAGAAACUCCAAUCAAUACCAGCAGCCUCCUGCGAGAACGAGGCCCUCGCAUUCCUCCGAAACGCGCGGUUUUACCUCCCCUCUCCGCUCUGAGGCUCCACCGUCGACGUUUUAGGGUGUCGUCAUGUCACGAUUUGCCUGUCUGUCAGCCGUGUCAAACGCCUAACUCAGCACAUUCUGCCCUCGCAGGAAAGUUUUAAAUUUUUCUGACAGCCCCCCCCCAACUUCUCUCAGCCUAUCAGCUGAAGACGCGCUUUAAACUUUCUCUGAGCCCAUGUGGGUGCACGCGUGGGUGUAUGUGUAUUUCCCCUACGGCUGCUCCAGGUCUCCACUUAAUAAGACCGUUGUUCCUCUCCUGUCCAAACCGACAAGCUUUGUGAGUAAUGAACAUCUCCCAGGCAGCCUUCCAACAACAGCAGGUUUCAGUGUCAGUCCCUGUCAGCAGCCAAUGACUCUGAUCCGCUGUUUUAUUACACCCAAAAGGUGUGUGUGCGGCAGAGAGAAAGUGAGGAAACUAGUGCGAAAGUGUGGCUGAGUGUGUGUGCUGCUCAGAUUAAGCUCGUGUGUUUGGCAGAGGGAAAGUGUAUAUUGGACAGGAGAGGAAGUGGUGUGCAUGUGUUUGUCAGAGGAAGCCAUAAUGAGGCAGCGCCCAGAUGAAGAUAUCUUGCAUUCCUCCCAGAGGGUCUGCUGGGUAAAGAGCAGCGCCACAGCCGCAUGACACUGUUUGCGUUGGACAACCUAUCAGCCCAGAGAACAACAUUACCUCCACGGGUGAUGACAGUAAUAAAGAUGGACUCAAACACCGACCGAGGUUUGCCUGUUUGCUUUCCGUCUAACGUGCUGCCCGCCUUCCUCUCACUUUUUGAAGUUGGCAUCAGAGCAAAGAAGAAAAAAAUCCAACUUGCUUUUUUUUCCUCCAUCAAGUGAAAUCGACAUCCUUUCCACGGUGCCCCUACCGCAUGGACCUUUCUGCAGGUUACAUAGCAACAGAGCAUACAGUGAAUGCCGUGUGGAUAAAAUUAGCUGGACAAAUAUCUAGCAGAAAUAAUCACAUGUAAUUACAAGAUCACAAUAUAAUGUCAAAAGAAGGAUGGCAGGGAAAGAAAAACAGCGCCAUCUGACAAACAUACAAAGCACAGAGAAACUGCUUUUAGUGCUUCUCAUUACUUUAUGUUAUACACUAUGUUAUACACAUUUACAUUUCAUCUAAAUAUGGGGGGAAUUUCACAUUAUAAGGUCUGGAUAUCCAAAAGAUCCAAAAAGUUCAGGCUCCUCCAAACACCCAGUUUCAGAGUAAUUUUUCUACUUUUUGAUCUGUGUGAUGUCAAUGAGAGCAGAUACAGCUGUAACCUGCCAAUUCAAGCCAGCCAGUUAGACAAAAAGGUGGCUCAUGCCUCGCUCACACAGGCCUAGAGACUUGUCGGUGACCCCUUGGUGACCUUUGGUUGCUUGGAAAAUUUUCUAUUCCCUGACCUGGAAUGCUGGCAGUGAAAAACAGCUGAAAUCAGUCACAUGACAGACGCCGAUUCAUCUGCAGACACUUGCCCUUCACUCUCUGCGCUGUAGUGCAAUUUGAAAAAGCGAGCUCACCUUUAAAGUAAAAGUUGUCUUACCUCUGCAACGGAAAAAGGUGCUUUCUGUUUUGCAUUACACUUUUCACAUUUUCUCUGUUGAAUUCAAUUCAGUUCAGUUUUGUUGAUAUAGCACCAAAUCACAACAGUUGCCUCAAGCUACUUUACAUUUUAAAGUAAAGACUCAACAAUAUUACAAAUUACAAUCAUACAGGUGUAUACACCAUCAAGCACAUUUUAUUUAGGCAAACACUUGGUGACAGUGGGGAGGAAAAACUCCCUUUUAACAGGAAGAAACCAGGUUCAAAAGGCGCCCAGAGCAAUCACGAGGACGUUUUGGGUGCAGCACUUUAUACCUCUUUGCACCCACUUGAAAACCUCUCACAAAUACACACUUCUCCCUAGCAACCAGUGGUUGCCAGGGGAGAUUUCUAGGACCACUGGCUCAUUUCUGGGCUUGAGUGAAUUUGGCUUUAGCAAACAAUUUAACAGCAAACUCUAGCAGCCACUCACCAACUGGGCGGAGGAAGACCUCUUCCCUAACAACCAUUGGUUACCAGAUGGUCAUGAACUGAUCUCUAGGCCUGGGUUACUUGAGCCUUAAGGGGAGGGGGAGGGGCUAAAAAAAAGGCUUGAUGGAAAGCACCCAGGGUCAGUAUAAGAAAAAUGACUAAGAAUAAAAAUAUGAA